UAGCGCGAUUUAUGAAUUUAAAACCGAUUUUAAUUGAUUUUCAACAGAUUUUCGCCGAUUUUUCGGCAGAAAAUCGAUUAAAAUGUCAAAAGAAGCGAAUUUCUCGUUUUAUGGAGCCCUGCCAAGCUUCAAACCGACUCGACACUGCUGCGGAAUCGUGGAAAACUCGGUUCUCUAUCUUCUGCUGACAGCUCUCACCACCCUCCAACUCAUCGUCUUCAUCGUAAUUUUUAUGCACCCGGAGCUGCGAAAUAUGCUCAAUCUGAAUCCGAAUUUGAAGCAAAAUCAGGAUAUUCUGCUUCUUAUACUCACUGCAAUGUCUUCUAUAUGGCUGCUAACUGUGCUGUUCAGUUUUGUUGGUUUUAUGAAGAAAAUCACCUAUUCUCACUUGCCACUCAUCGCUACUGAGGUAGAAUUCGAGAAAUUUGAGAAUUUUAACCGCGAAAUUCGAAUUCCCGGUGAAAUUUAACUAAAAAUAUGUUUUUUCCAGAGAGAUUUGCAAAAUUCUGCAAUAUGUCGUCAAAUUCGGUGUUUGCGUAUUUUCGACGCUACCGUACCCCGCGGAAUUCAAAUUUCUAGUGGGAAACCCGCAAAAAACGUGGUUUAAGGGUGAAAUAGCACUGGGAAUUCGAAUUUUUCAAUGAAAAAUUCUCAAAAUCUCUAAAAUAAAAAGUUUCUGGUGAUCUUCUGUCUCGUCGCGACCGCCCUGUUCGCCGCCUUCACUUGGUCAAUUUCACCGUCGGAUUAUUCGAAAAUUCCCAUUGGAAGCUCGCCGAAAAACCGAAAUUUUCAACUUUUCAAGCUCAUUUUCUCACUGUUUAUGGCACUUUUCCACGUGUACUACACGUAUAUAGUGUAUUGUUUGUGGAGAGACGGCAGAAAAGAGCAAAAAACCGAGGAAUUUAUUCGAAGACAACAUAUGAUUGAUGAAGUUUGCGAGGAAAUGUUGUGGGAAGAAGACGAGCGAAAUUAUCAGGAAAAUAGAACCUUCCCAAUGACCGGAAUCUACCCGCAGGACCGCUCAAUUUCCACUUAUUCCGAAUCAGAAUGCUCAAUUUCAAUGUGCUCAGCCGAAAUUCGAAUCAAUGAAAUGUACGCCGCAUAUCUUCAGGAUCAACGUUAUUUCGACACUUCUAACUAUGGAAAACGCAAUUAUUAGGCGGAAAUUCGAAUUUUUCUCUCACUUUUUCUUUCAUUUUCCCGUUUUCUUCUCAAAAACUGUGAAUUUUUCCUGUGAAAUUCACCAAAUUUCCCUAUAUUUCCCGGAUUUUUAUAAUUUCUGUGUUAAUAACCCCAGUUUUGAUUUUCUACUUGCCAUUUUUCACUUGUGAAACGAAUAAAUUAUCGAUUUU